AUGACCAAUUUAACAACAGUAACAAUUGAAGAUGUGACGCAAAUAUUAUACAAUUAUGCGCAUAACAACAGCAAGUAUUCGUUAUUGUCAACUCCUCAUCUUAAUUCCAAAUGUAUUCAGAAUCGUCUCUAUUCAACAUUUUAUAUAUUAAUUAAACAUUUACAUUCUACUUAUUUACGAUUUUUAAUCUGUCCUAGUAUUCUGUUAAAUAUUCUUUGUUUAAUCGUGUUAUCACGACCGCGUCUAUCAAAAAAAUCGACAACCAUAUGCUACCUAAGAGCAUUAGCAUUAUUUGAUAUGUUCUGUAUAACAUUAAAAUAUUUUCGUGCUGAACUCAAUUAUCAAUCGGCUGAAAAGGGUCACAAUAUAUUUCUAUUGAAGUCAACAUUCUGUAAGAUAUUAUACGUUUUACUUAGUACAUCGAUUUCAGUAGAUAUAUGGAUUAUUGUACUCAUGUCACUAGAUAAAUUAAUUGCUGUUCGUUAUCCAUUAAAAAGUACGGUAUUAUUAACUCCAAAACGUGCCUAUACAUCAACUAUCGUCGUCAUAUCUGUUCUGUUCUGUAUAAAUCUAUACUUUAUACAUACAGCUGAUAUUAAAUUAAAAGGUACAAAAAAAUAUUGCACAGUGAUAACUGAAUCAGUACUAAUUGACCUCGUCACUGCAUCGUUUCUACCCAUAGGGAUAAUAACCGGCGCUAAUAUUUAUAUAGCCAUUGUGUUACGUAAUGCCACUCGAAGAGCAUUAGCGUGGAAUGAAACGACUUGUAGAAAGGCAGCGAAUACAAAUAACACAUGUAGAGUCAGAUAUAACAAGAAUAAAAAACAUUUCAUGACUUUUCUCAACAAAAGAAAGCGUACGAUUGACUUUGAAUAUGAUGGUACAUUCAAACAACAACAACAUUAUUCAUCCUGUCUCGUACAAACAUCAUCAAAUAUUGAUGGAGAAUAUCGUUUAUCUAUCGAGCAUAACAAUACAAUAAAUGUCGUAAAGAGAACAAGCAUUCAAGUGACACGAAUGUUACUAGCUGUUACAUCAUCGUUAAUCAUCCUAAAUAUUCCUAAUACGUUAUUUUUUUCACUAAUUAAAAUCUACGAUCCUCGUUUAGUUCUACAUGAUCCCAACACAAUGUAUCGAUCAUUAAGGAGUUGUUCUCUAGUGACAGAUAAAGAUUUGAGUAUUUAUAAAUUUGGUAUUUAUUCGUCGUUACUACAAAACAUUCUUAGCGAUUUACCACAUGUUGUAAAUUUUUUUAUCUAUUGUUUUGCUGGUAAAAAAUUUCGAAUUAUAUUUAAAAAUGAAGUUCUAUUAUUUUUUCAAAAAAUUAAUUUAUUACAUAAAACAAACACAACAAAGUAUUGUACAUCGGUAUUAAGAACAAUUGACAUUCCUAAGCUAUCCAGAACUAGAAGAGCACCGAGUCUUUCAUCAAUUAAUAAAAACUUCUGCCAUUUCAAUCAAGUUAGAAGUACGACGUCAUAUGUCACAAAAAAGCUAACAAAUAAAAGAUCAAUUAGCAAACCACAAUUACCAUUAAUAGUAAAUCCUAAUGUUAAGAAUAAAAGUGUAUGUUCAAGGGCAAAUAAGUUACUUAUACAUAAUACGAGUAACACACGUAAUAAAAGACAAAUUAGUCGUGAAACCAAUAGAAAUCAAAGAAUAAAUUUAUUAGUGCCAGAAUUAAGUCUUAAAAGUGAUAGCGACAUAUCGAUUAGUAAUCAAAAUUUAUCGACACCCUUUAAUGGUGCAAUAUUCAGUAACGAUCGUGCAAUCCUAUAG